UAGUGGGAACAGAAUCUAAAUAAUUUUAAUUAACCGGGAAAGAAGACCAAAUUAUUUAUUUUACGCUCUGCAACUAUAAUGUCCAAUAACGGUGCUCCGGAUUCAUGGGAAAAUGAAGCGGAAAUAAUAGGUGAAAAAGGUGCAAAGGAUUCUAAUGAUGUGUCUUCAAAAAUUUCCACGUUGAAUGUAAAUGCCAUGGAAUUCGUGCCUUCUUUUUCUAAGCCUUCUCAGGCUAGCGAUAGUACCGAUUCCCCUACCUCCCCCCAGAAAUCAGAAAGCGGUUCUUCGAAUUCAGCCGGGAGUCCCGUCUUAAACGGAUGUGGCGAUGGAGGCGGAGAAAGCAGUGAUGGUGGUGCAGCAUCUGCUUCUCCACGUGUUGAAGAACCACCACCUACUACUGCAUCUGUCCCGCCCGAUGUCUCGCCCACUGCAGACAGCUGGGAAGUUGAGGCUGAUGAUGCACUACUCACACCUGAAGAAAACAAUGAACCGGAAGAAGAAGAAUUGGAUACACAAGUAGGAAACACAAAUCCUAACGAGGAUGGUGAAUUAACAAAAAAGAUUCCAAAGAAAAAACCACCACGAGUAGAAGAUACACGAAGCAAAAAAGAACAUGUAAAUGUAGUAUUUAUAGGACAUGUAGAUGCAGGAAAGUCGACUAUUGGUGGUCAAAUAAUGUCACUCACUGGAAUGGUCGACAAAAGAACAUUAGAAAAAUAUGAAAGAGAAGCGAGAGAGAAAUCAAGAGAAUCAUGGUACUUAUCAUGGGCACUGGACACAAAUCAAGAAGAACGAGACAAAGGCAAAACAGUAGAAGUUGGAAGAGCUUAUUUUGAGACUGAAAAGAAGCAUUUUACAAUUCUUGAUGCCCCUGGACACAAAAGUUUUGUUCCAAACAUGAUUGGUGGGGCUGCUCAAGCUGACCUCGCUGUAUUGGUCAUUUCUGCACGUAAAGGCGAAUUCGAAACGGGUUUCGACAGAGGAGGACAAACUCGUGAACAUGCGAUGUUAGCUAAAACAGCUGGAGUGAAACAUUUGGUAGCACUUGUAAACAAGAUGGAUGAUCCAACAGUUAACUGGGAUGAGAAAAGAUAUAAUGAAUGUCGAGACAAAAUUUUGCCUUAUCUUAAGAAAUUGGGUUUCAAUACAGCGAAAGACCUAUCCUUCCUUCCUGUUUCCGGCCAAACUGGACAAGGUUUAUUAGAACGACUAACUGAAGAUGUAUGCCCAUGGUACCGUGGACCAUCUUUUAUCCAACUCAUCGACGAGCUUCCGUCUCUAAACCGUAAGAUCGAUGGUCCAUUUAUUAUGCCUGUUGUUGAUAAAUAUAAGGACAUGGGAACGGUCCUCAUGGGCAAGGUGGAAGCGGGAACUACACGUAAAUCCAGUACAUUAUUUCUGAUGCCAAACAGGGUGCAAGUAACAGUUGAUCAACUUUGGUCCGAUGACAUUGAGGUAACCUCUAUUGGGCCUGGUGAAAAUGUCAAAGUAAAACUUAAAGGAAUUGAAGAAGAAGAUGUAUCUCCUGGUUUUGUUCUUUGCGACGUAACCGAACCGAUUACGACAGGAAGAGUUUUCGAUGCCCAAGUUGUGAUUCUAGAACACAAAUCCAUCAUUUGUGCUGGUUACUCUGCUGUUAUGCACAUACACUGUGCUGCUGAAGAAAUUACUGUUAAGGCUUUGAUUUGUUUGGUUGACAAAAAGACUGGAGAGAAGUCGAAAACGAGACCACGCUUUGUGAAACAAGAUCAGGUUGCUAUUAUGAGGAUAGAAUGUGCAGGAGUUAUAUGCUUAGAACCAUUCAAAAAAUUUGCUCAAAUGGGCAGGUUCACAUUAAGAGACGAAAAUAAAACCAUUGCGAUCGGAAAAGUUUUGAAGGUGAUUGAGUAAAUCGGCACUACAUUGUAAUUUAGCUAGGUUAGGCCUUUUGAGAACCUAUUAAUAUUUGCAAAGUGCAUGUAAAAUGUAUUCCAGGGUCUCAAAAUCCUGAAAAAGCUCGAGUACAGCUUGUUAUAUUAUUUUUCAUAGGAAACAAUAUAUUUUCUGCAUAUUUAGUUGUCUAUUAUUAUUAUAUUCAGUUAGAUCGUUUCAAAUAUUUCUUAUUACAUGUUGUUGAUAGUAACUUGUAAAAGUUUCAAUUAACAACAUAUGUAAAAUUACAAACAUUCUCAAUAAACUUUACACAACUGUGAAAUAAAUGUUUUUUGUUUUUUGAUAAAUUUAUACUCAAAAGUUAAAGGUUUAUAUAAAAAGGUACUAACUAACACUACAAAAUAAAACAAAAAAAGCUAAAUUAUUGGAGUUGUAAUGUCAUUGUAGUUGUCGAUGGUGAGACUCUCACUCUUCAUGCUGGAGUGAUCUCUAAUAAGUAACAAAUUGAUGCCAUCUAGAAAUUGGUCACUCUAAUCUUAUUAGUCUAAUUGAUACUUAUAUAAGUAUAUGAUUGAUAGUAAUUACGAUAUAUUUUUACAUAAUAAUAUCAGUUAAUUAUAUAGUGCUGUUUAUUUUUUAAAUAUUCUUUAUAUUACAUACUUUUAUUCCCGCUUAUUACUUUAAUUUGCGUUCAAUUUCACUUAAAUACAUAUUGAAGUUGUAGUUUCUUUAUAUACACUGCAAUGUGUACUUGUUAUGUUGAAUUAUAUAUUUUGCAAUAUUUUAUUGUGGUAGAUUUAUAGUUUUUACAUUUUAAGAUUCUGAUUGAAACUAAAAUUCAGUUAAUCAUCUUAAUCACAAAAAGAAAAGGAAUAUAAGGUUUGUUUAAUUAAAUUCAUUCUUAUUUGGUCACUUGUAUUUUAGAAUUAUAACUUGGUUGGAGUAGAAUUUGGUAAUUAAGUUGUGUAAAAAUAUUGAAAUGCCUUGUUGAUCGUAAUUUACACAUAGUACUUAUAUCACUGAAAAUAAACACGGCGGUGCGCAUUAAUAUUAAUUCCACCACAAGAUAUUAACCAUGUUUAUUAUGAAUUUUAUAAAUUGUCAGCUUUUAACAAUACAAUAAAAUUUAUACAUUAUAAAGUUAUUGUAUAUGAUUUUAUUUAUUUAUUUAAAUGAGCGGAAGAGCAGUGAGGUGUGCAUAUCUCGUUACAGUUUCCUUAUGAUUAAAUUUAUUUAAAAUCCUUGUUAAUGAUUGGAAAUUGGGCCCAGAGAUCUGCACCUCUCCACGUCACGCAUUAUGGCGUCUGUCAGAAUGUCUUAAUGUAGGUUGGAAUUCGAUUCGGCUUAAAAUAAUUUUUUGCACAUUGUUUGAUUUUAUCCUAGCGCUUCUCAUUGCGAUUUAGUAUAAAAUAAAAUUGAAAAUUACACCACAAAUCCUAAAGAUUAAUUUUCGCGUAUAAAUCUGUAUCACGAAUUGUCAUAGAACAACAAACUGGGGCUAGCAGUUUUUUUUGUACCUAAAUAUUCUCGCUAGAUUCUAAGAUUUAUUCGACUGGAGAUUGGUGUCGAAAAGUUUUUAUAUGGGGAAAACAAAUAAAAAUCGCGAAACAGUUAAAUCACCUGAAUAUUGCAAUCAAAAUAUUAAAAAAAAAAGUUCGCCUUAAAUACUAUUAUUUAUAUUUUACAAGCUUAUUGGCGCAUAUUUCGUCUAUUGUCGUUCGUCGUUGUUAAUGGCCAAGGUUACAGACAGUGUUAUCUGUAGGGAAUAAAUAAGAUGCGUUAAUAUAUUACUAGUAAAAUUGAACGAAACAACAGCUUAAGCAUACCUAGUUUUAUGUAGAUAAGUAAUAAAAUAUUUUGAUAAA